CCUGAACAAUGAGCGAAAAUACUAUCCCAUCAUCGGGACCAGCUAUCUGGGAUUCCGCGCCUCCCCCGUAUGCAGAAUAUGAUCACAACAGUGUAUCUACAGAGCAGGCUCCGCAAUAUGAAGUCCCCCAUUUCAACAACUCAACCAUCGACUCAACAAGAUUGCAAGCUGCAACGAGCAAAUUUCCCCCGACGAUGAAUGGUUACAUACCAAUGAAAUUCACUCCAGAGUUUCAUUUGGGACCAUCAGCGUCGGAGAAGUUAUACUUCAUGUCAAUAGAUGUUCAGCACCGUAAGAGCAUACAGACGAUGAUCCUGCGCGAUGGGCCGACCGAUAAGGAUCCGCCUCUUGCAUCACUGCAGUGUGAUCCAUAUCUCCGAGCAAAGCCCGUCUCGGUGACCUUUGCAUCGCAGGGCGAGCUUCAAGAUAACUCUAUCGUAGAGCCAUUAGAAGAUGUCAAGCCAGGCAGACGCAUGAGCCCGACAUUCUCCGUCGCGGUUGGCGGAAGCGGCAAAGACGCCUCCUAUGAACAAUUUCAGUGGCGCUCAAGCCACGGUAAAGAAAUAAAGGAGCUCGCCGGCCACUCAUCCGGUUGGAAGCUAGUUCGACUGUCGGAAACAGUGGGCGAGGCAAACGGGAGUCGCUCCCAUCGAGCGAUGGGGUGUUCCAGCGAUGGAAAGGAGAUUGUCGCUGUCAUCGCCCACAACGCAUCGUGGAGCCUGUCGAAGGGGUUCAAAUUUGCCUUUGUGGGUAGUGGACUUACUGGUAUCCUGGGAGAAAAAUGGGAGAUCAUGACUCUCAUCACCGCAGUGCAUCUGUGGCUCAUCGAGUUCCAGAUCGUGACAAAGGCCAUUCCGAUUGCAUGAGGACUAGGUAAUGCAAGGUGAUCAGCAUGGGCUUCUUUACCCUGCUCAUUGAAUUCAGAAGUACCUUGGUUUACUAUGAAUAUCUGUAUACCUCUCAACAGCCUCACUAUCAUUAUGUUGUAAUGUCUUUUUGUCGGACUUUGUAUUGGUAUUUAAAAAUAAAGUCUACACCUUAGCUGCACUAAUCAACC